AGUCAUUAAAUUACCUGCACCCGUGAUCAAAAAUGCUGGUGCCCCAAAUUAUUGUGGGUCUUCUUUGUCUAGGCCUGACCACAGCCUUGCCAGCCGAUGGGGGGCGGGCGAGCUCUGUGACAACGUUGACGCUAGUGAAAGGACAAGGCUAUGAGAUUCAGGAGCAUACAGUUCAGACAUCGGAUGGCUAUAUCCUGACCAUGCACCGGAUUCCAUACUCCAAGAACACCGGCUAUGAUGGCGUUCGUCCUGUUGUCUUCCUCAUGCACGGUCUGCUCUGCUCGUCCUCUGACUGGGUCUUGGGCGGUACACACAGUGGACUGGCUUACCUGCUGUCUGAGGCUGGCUACGAUGUCUGGAUGGGCAAUGCUCGUGGCAACACCUACUCCAAGAAACAUGCAACCAAAACGCCGCUGCUGCAGCCCUUCUGGAACUUCGAGUGGCAUGAUAUUGGAAUCUACGAUCUGCCCGCCAUGAUAGACUACGUCCUGUACCACACGGGUGCGGAUCAAGUUUCGUACGUGGGUCACUCCCAGGGCACGACUUCAUACUUCGUGCUCAACUCGAUGAUUCCGCGUUUCAAGAAUCGUAUACGCUCGGCUCAUCUGCUGGCGCCCGUCGCCUGGAUGGAGCACAUGGAGAGUCCCCUGGCCACCGUUGGAGGCCCCCUGCUGGGACAACCAAACGCCUUUGUUGAGUUGUUCGGCAGUGCGGAGUUUUUGCCAAACAGCCAACUCAUGAAUUUGUUGGGCAGUGUUCUGUGCAGCGAUCAGGCUAUAUCCCAGGUGAUCUGCACGAAUAGCCUGUUCCUGAUGGGCGGCUGGGACUCACCAUAUCUGAACGCGACCAUGAUCCCAGAAAUUAUGGCCACCACGCCGGCAGGCUGUUCGGUGAACCAGAUCUUCCACUAUCUGCAAGAGUACAACUCGGGCCAUUUCCGACAGUUCGACUAUGGCUCGAUCCGCAACAAGAAGGAGUACGGCUCCUCGGCUGCCCCUGACUACGAUGUGGAGGGCAUCAACGUUCCCACAUACCUUUACUACAGCGACAAUGACUACUUUGCCAGUUUAAUCGAUGUCGAUCGUCUUCGCUACGUAAUGGAUCCGAAUUCCCUGAAGAGCGCGUAUCGCCUACCCGAAACUAAAUGGAAUCAUUUGGACUUCCUGUGGGGCCUGAAUGUCAAGGAGAUACUUUAUGACCGCGUGCUCAAUGAUAUGAAGAAUGCGUAAGCAUGUGUUGCAAAUAAAACUUAAGAUUGUGAUAA